CUUCCCGGCCCCUCACGUCACUGAGGCCGCCGAACCCCUGUCUCCGGAACUCCCUCCCUCCCUCCCGGACCCCCGCCCGCCCGCCCCGCCCCGCCCCGUCCCCAGCGCCCCUCAGCCACCGGACGCGGAGCUCCGCAGGCCGCCGCCGCCGCCUCGCUGGCCCUUCGCCCGCCCAGCCCCGCCCGGACCAUGGCCUCCGAGGUGGCGCGGCACCUGCAAUGUAUGUGAGAUCCGUUUCUCCACACCCUCACCAGCACUUCGCGUUCCUGUUUUUUUUAUUUAGACAUUCCGAUAGCUCUUUCAGUCUCACAUGGCAACAAAAACAGCUUACAUGGCCCCACAAGUGUCUGACAAUGAAGAGAAACAAAAAAAAGAAAACACUCGUUCUUUAACCAUGUCUGGCCAUGUUGGUUUUGAGAGUCUGCCUGAUCAGCUGGUCAACAGAUCUAUUCAGCAAGGCUUCUGCUUUAAUAUUCUCUGUGUGGGGGAGACUGGAAUUGGAAAAUCAACGCUGAUUGACACCUUGUUUAAUACUAAUUUUGAAGACCAUGAAUCCUCACAUUUUUACCCACAUGUUAGACUUAAAGCACAGACAUAUGAACUCCAGGAAAGUAACGUUCGAUUGAAGUUGACCAUAGUGAAUACAGUGGGAUUUGGUGACCAAGUAAACAAAGAAGAGAGCUACCAACCAAUCAUUGACUACAUUGACGCUCAGUUUGAGGCCUAUCUCCAAGAAGAGCUGAAGAUCAAGCGCUCUCUCUUUAACUACCAUGACUCCCGCAUCCACGUGUGCCUCUACUUCAUCUCCCCAACAGGCCACUCUCUGAAGACACUGGAUCUCUUGACCAUGAAAAACCUGGACAGCAAGGUGAACAUUAUACCAGUGAUUGCCAAAGCAGAUGCAAUUUCUAAAACUGAAUUACAGAAGUUUAAGAUCAAGCUCAUGAGUGAAUUGGUCAGCAAUGGUGUUCAGAUAUACCAGUUCCCAACAGAUGAUGAAACUAUUGCUAAAAUCAAUGCUUCAAUGAAUGGACACCUGCCGUUUGCUGUGGUAGGAAGUAUGGAUGAGGUCAAAGUUGGAAAUAAGAUGGUCAAAGCUCGCCAGUACCCUUGGGGCAUCGUACAAGUGGAAAAUGAAAACCACUGCGACUUUGUCAAGCUCCGGGAGAUGCUCAUUUGCACAAACAUGGAGGAUCUGCGAGACCAGACCCACGCAAGGCACUAUGAGCUGUACCGGCGCCGCAAACUGGAGGAGAUGGGCUUCACAGACAUGGGCCCAGAAAACAAGCCACUCAGUCUUCAGGAGACCUACGAAGCCAAGAGACAUGAAUUUUAUGGUGAACGUCAGAGGAAGGAGGAAGAAAUGAAGCAGUUGUUUGUGCAGCGCGUGAAGGAGAAAGAAGCUGUACUGAAAGAAGCUGAAAGAGAGCUCCAGGCCAAGUUUGAGCACCUUAAGAGAGUCCACCAAGAGGAGAAGCUGAGGCUUGAGGAGAAGAGAAGACUUUUGGAAGAAGAAAUCAUCGCUUUCUCUAAGAAGAAAGCUACCUCUGAGAUAUACCAGAACCAGUCCUUUAUGACCCCAGGUGGCAACAUCAGGAAGGACAAGGACCGAAAGAAGGAACCAGGCUGUCGAUUGGAACUCCUGUGCUUUGAUGUCAGAGCUUAUGAAACGAGUGGUGGACGUAAAGAUGCAGAGGAAGGUAGAGAGGGCCCCCGUGCAUCGGGGCGGCCUUGGUAGCAGGUGGAGGAUGGUCCCAAAGCUUGUAGGUCUGGGGUAUGUGUUAAAGUCAAUGUAACCAAGUCUUAGAAAAUAAGGUUUUUUCCCUUCUUUGUAUUUUUUCACUUUAUUUCUCCCACUUGAAUGUCCUCAUCACUUUGCCUGUUUGCUCACUCUGUUCAGCACCCCCCCCACCCCACCCCCGACCCAGCGUGGGCGGCUCAGGUCCUCCCCAGCCGCAUAGGGCAGCCCUCAGGCUUCUUUUAUGUCCAUAUCGUAUUUCAAACUGAUAUUUUCAGAGUAUUAUAUAUCACAUUCAAAAAGUUAGGAAAACAUAACAUUGCCCAUGAUAGCUUUCCAUUUUUGAACUAUGAAGAAGUAAAUCCACAGGGUUUGGGGUGGAUUUAAUUGGCCUGUGGAUCUUAUGGUUUUGGAGAAGAAGGAAUUCUCAUGCAUGACCUUUUCACACAAGCUCUUCCAGGGAGUGGAUCUCUGUUUUGUCUGUUGAUGUCCCCACCCCCAGAGCCUGGAAAGGGCAGUUAUUUGUGGAAAAAAAUGAAUACGCUGUAUUUCAAAAGAUAAACCACCCUUGUUAUCUGUGGGAGGGCCCAGGAUGCCCCAAGGACACCAAAUCCACAGAUGCUCAAGACCCUCAUAUAAAAUGGCACAGUUUUUGCAAAGAGCCUAGGCACAUUUCCCUGUACACUUUAAAUCAUCUACAGAUUACUUGUAACACCUAAUACAAUGUAAAUAGAAUGUAAAUGCUAGGUAUAUAGUUGCCAGCAAGCGGCAAAUUCAAGUUUUGUUUUUUGGAACUUUCUGGAAUUUUUUCCAAAAUAUUAUAUAUUUUCAGUCCUCAGUUGGUUGAAUCCUCAGAUCUGGAAGCCUCGGACCCAGAGGGCCAACUGUAUACGUAUAAUUUAUGACUUCUUUUCAACGUGCCUCGAAUUACAAAGCUAAGGGGCCUUUUACCUUCUUAUCGUCUCCACUUAGUCCAGUGUUAACUAGAUUUGGACUCCCUGACUUUAUUCCAUAUGCAAGAAAACCAUUUACAGUCACCUUCUGAAAGUAAGGUAUGGGCCCACAGUUUGAGAGCUCAGAAAAAUUUACUCUCAAGAAAUUUUGGUGUUUGUUUUUUCUUUUCUUUUCCAGAGUCCCAUGGCUAAAUAUCCUAUUAAAUACUAGAUGUAUAUCUGUUCUUUCUGUAAAAGCUUUGUAAAACAAGUGAUUUUGUAAAACAUGGUUUUCUAUUGUACCAAUCAAAAGGUU